GAGGAAGGUGGGGGUUGUGUUGGGAGUAGAGAGACAGCAUAAAUAAAGGAAAGCAUUUGUAAGAAAAAACGAAAACAUCACCCCCUCAUUCCUCCCAUCACAUCCAAUUCCAUGGCAACCCAGGAUAUGUGUAGCAGUAGCAGCACCAUCACCACCAAGAAGAAGCAGCAGCAACUACAAGAAGAUGGUUUUUCGAAUACUCACGAGGAACGAUCCCGCUGCUGCUUCGAAGAAUGGAUGCAACUUCAACGCGAAGACUUAACCCACCUCCUCAAAUCCCUUCACCAACCAACAAACAACGACACCACCACCACCACCACCACUGUAAUCCGCAAUUGCAUCUCUCACUUCGAACACUACAUCUCCAACCGCACCCUCUUAGCUCAAGAGCACCCUUCCCCUCUUUUCGCACCCACAUGGUGCACUUCCUUAGAAAAUUCCCUCCUCUGGAUGGCCGGUUGCCGACCCUCCAUUUUCAUUCGCUUAAUCUACGCACUCACUUCCUGUAGUAGUGAACCCUUAAUAACUAAUGAUGAUGACAAUAAGAACGGUAAUAAUACUGUUACUAGUAUAGGGGAACUGUCUCCUAGUCAGAUGACACGUGUGAAUGGGCUACACAUGAGGACGAUAAAAGCGGAGGAGAAACUGACGAGUGAAUUGGCGAGCUGGCAGGAGGAGUUGGCGGAUGAGCCGAUUGCGUUGAUAGCGGCGAAAGGGGAUUGUGGGGAUGAGGUGGUGCUGAAUAAUAUGAUGAAUGAAGAGGCGGAGAUGGCAUUGAAGGAACAUGAGAAAGUUAUGGGAAAAGUGAUUGGGAAAGCGGAUGAGUUGAGGUUGAAUACGAUGAAGGAAUUAGUGUUGGAGAUUUUAAAGCCAACUCAAGCGCUUCAGUUUUUGGUUGCCAGUAAGAAGCUUCAUCUUUCUUUACAUCAAUGGGGAAAACGUAGAGAUGAGAAGCAACGCAGAAUCAGAUGUUAUCACUCAAUCUCUCAUUAAAAUAUAAUAUAAUACAAUAAAUAAAUAAUACUCAACUCUCCUAAACUAUGUCCUCCUCGUCGUCGUCAUCAUCUAACUCUCUCCCUCUCUCUCUCACUACUGUUUUUUUUUUCUUUUUUUCAUAAUUUCUAGAUUAAGAACAUAUAUGUUUGUUUUCUUGUUUUUUAAUUUAUUAAUAUGAUAAUUAGACGCUACCAGACUCUACUCUCAUUACUAAUUUUUUAGUUGAAAUUU